AUGGAACCACAGACGCAAGAGCAGGGUCAUUGGCUGGACAAAUACGCAACGAACUAUGCAGAAUGGAAACUGUCUGAUAGUACAGAUGGCAUGCAGCUAUUCAACCGUCCGCUUGGGCUAGUGGAGACUUCAUUCGACUCAGAUGGCACGUACUACGGUGGCCGGGCAGAUAUGACGGCCCUCUAUACAUUGGCAAUCCAGCACAAGCUCUCAAAGACAGAAUUGAGACAUAGGAUAGCGCUCGCGUGGACCGCUUUGCGGCUUCAACAUCCUCUGCUUAUGGCUCGGGUUGUUGAUAACCAAGAAAGUGGAAAACGGGGUUUCGCCGUUGACGUACCCAUUUCCUCUGAUUUUGCAAUCGAACAAGUCGAGCAGAGCAUUAUCUGGAUCGAAGACGCAUAUGACGAAGUUGAUGAGAAAGAAUUAUACCGUCACGCCUACAACGUGACUCGCAUUGUCGAGCCUACAAAAUGCUUAUCGAAGUUGCAUGUGCUACCUUUGCGGAAGCUUCCAAACGGGACGUAUGAGCUGAGAUUGCUCAUUGUGAUUGCACACCAGAUCUCCGAUGGUCUCUCGGCGUACAAUUGGUUUAGCCACUUUCUUCGCAUUAUAAACCAGCCGUCUCAGAACAUCUUAGCAGAGAUCGAGUCUGUCUGUACAUCAGAGAAGAUCAAGGAAGUCUUACCAGCCGCCCAAGAAGACCUAUACCCACCCAUUGCAGGCAACAGGGCGAGACAGCGCCGUCUUCUCGCGACCGGCUACGUCACACAGAUUGAGCGUGUCGAAGCAAAACUACCACCAGAACGUCGUUCACCCUCUUUCCAGAACCCGCAAGGCUCCCUAGCUCCCAGUACAGCUGGCUAUGGAGCGACGUGCGGAGUCUCGUCCAUCGGCCCUCUGGCUACAUUUUUCAAACGCGGAACAUAUGAUUUGAAGGACCUAGGGGACAAAGACUUUGCGGCGGACUUCCGAGACGUGAAUAUCGGGGUCAGGGCACGGGAGAAUGAGUUCCUGGUUGGAAGUUCGACUAGUGCGGAGGGUAUCAUUGGGUUUGGGGUUAGCUAUGAUUUGAAUGCUAUUAGUGCUGAGGCGGCGGAAGUGUGGAAGGAGACAAUGGAAGGAAUGCUGGAGGCGCGACGCGAGCUCUCAUUGCGCAUCUUCCCCGCAAACUCUCUUGAGUUUUGCAAUCACACAGAAACAAUGUUCAGCUUACCAAGAAUAUCGUUGCCAUCUUUUCUUCGUGCAGGCGAAGGCACGCAUCUCACUGUCGAUCUGCCCUCUGUGAAGAUCCAUGAUAUCGAAACCUCGGCGGAAAAGCGACCGCGAACUCUCAAGCAUCUACUCAAAGCAAAUCACGCGAACUACUCGAUUAUAUACCACAAUCUUACUUUUCACAACCAUACACCGCACAUCUUAGGAUCGGCUUACCUUCUCGGAGGCACGGCAGAACAUCUGAAUGAAAUCUACGAGAAGGAGGCUGAAGUACUAGAGCCAUGGCAUGACGCGCCAGGUGAAAUAACAAAAGACGAUUGGCGCGAAUUUCUGGGGAAGCGCGAAUACCAACGCGCAUUUAUCGAUUUCUUCGAAGAUCAGCUCGUGAGCAAGAAGUACAAUGUCGAAGAAGUGCUCGAGGAGUUCAUGUUCAGGGGAAAGGAGCCGCUGAUCAAUGGCCUCAUCUCCGGACUUGCACAUCCUCUCAUCCAUCUUGGCUACGCUUACGAACUGAACUCCAGAACUGUCUCGAUCGAGGCUCUGGCUAUGGGCUCCUGCUUUUACAGUCCCCUUCAUAAAUACAUCGACGACCCGAGGUAUACAAAGCCCAGCCCUCAUAGCGCAAGUGGAGAUCACACCGGGCUCAUCGAUAUCCUGGACAAAGUGCGCAAGGACAAGCGCUUCGACGGCCUUUAUGAUCACCGCAGCGGUGAUAUUACCAAGGUGUUAGAGGAGCGCGAAGAAGCCUUUUUGGAAUACUGGAAUGCCUGGGAAAUUACAACACCGAACGAACAGUUCCAGGCUGCUCAAGAAGUCGGAUUGGGGCUUUUGACAGGCACACCGUUACCGGCGAAGGGGAAGUACGAUUUCUUCAUCGUGCAUGUGCUUACAAGCUCUCAUGCCAUUCGCAUCCUCCUCCCCUUGGUACCGGCCAAGUUCCAUGUUAGUCUUCUGCGGCAAUGGUGGCUAUUCGCAUUAGCUGUGUACAUUGCCCAGAUGAGGCCGGAGAUCGAUAUGGGUAAAGCUAUGUGUAACGAUGGCAGUGAGAAGAAGGGCUGGAAGUAUGUUGUAGACAAGGCAUUGAACGGCCCGCAUUCGACUGAUGCGCAUCAUGUCAAGGCAUUGAGGGCCUUGAAGGUAGCGGAGGAAACAUGGGAGACUGGAGACAACCGAUCGGACCACUGGCUCCGCGCGGCAGUCAAGUUUGCUGAUGAAUUUGAGGGCUGGGGAGGAUUUGGAACUGCGGAAGAUGAGGCGAAGAUGGGGUAUCCUGAGAAGCAGUAA